AUGUCUCCUACGACAGGCAUAGCCGCUUCUCAGCUGCGGCAGCUAAUAUACUACCACCUCGACAACGACAUGCUCGACAAUGCGAACUUUCUUGCCGGCAGACUGCACGCUCUCGAGCCCCGCAACCCCGACAGCUCACACCUACUCUCCCUCACGUACCUGCGCUCGCAGCGGUACAAGGCCGCAUAUGACUUCAGUUUCAAGUACGGUGCGAAUGGUCGGCAUCUCGGCUGCGCCUACAUUUUUGCACAGUCUUGCUUGCAGCUUGGGCGAAACACGGAUGGUAUACAUGCGCUAGAGAAAGCAAGAGGCUCAUGGUCGCUGAAGAAUGAUUGGGACAAGCAUUCGGAGACCUCCAGGCGGCACGUACCAGAUGCGCCGGCUGCCCUAACGCUGUUGGCAAAGUUGUAUCGCGCACACGGCGACAUGCAAAAGGCGGGAGACAGCUAUAUUGAGGCACACAAACAAAAUCCAUUCGUGUGGGAUGCUUUUGAAGGUCUCUGCAAAAUUGGAGUGGAUUUGAAGGUCGAGAAUAUGUUCAAGCCUUCGGAAGAGAUGCCGGGAGCGCCUACGCAAAUUUCUGGAGAACCGCAAAUCUACAUCGACGAAGACAUGCGGCGACCACUUGCACCGCAGCCAAACAGGUCGGGCGCUUUACACACACUCGACGAUCCCUUCACAUCCACAAAUGCUGAGUUCGAAGACCAGGAGAUACUGCCCAUGUUGAAAGGCAAAUCAGCAUUGAAGAGCGGACUGAAGUCGAGCGCAUCAGGAUGGGAUACUCCGAUCGCCAGUGCGGACAUACCAGACGACGAUGUUACCAUGGAAAAUGAUGAUGACGGCUUUCAAGACCCGCCUGCUGCGCCAUCUAGGAGACCGCGCGGGGGCUAUCAAUUUGAGACUUCUGACAGGCCUCGGGCGCCUAUGCUUCGAGGUAACCUGGAAGCACCCGAUGAUCCUUUUGGAGCGCCACGGAAGCCCAGCGCUGGGGCCCAGAAGCGCACCAUCUCAGGAGCUGCACUGUCUGGCACAGAUUCCGCACAGCCUCGGAGGAGCAAUCGUUUGUACACACAAUCGACGACUAACAGUCGAUCCACGCGGUCAACGGCAGAUGCAAGUGCCUCCACAUCUAGCAGGGCGGAUAGGAACGCUCGGACAGCCAAGGCAGCCACCGGUACGAAAGGCAGAACUGGUGCGGUCGUUGGACGGGUCGUCAGUGGUAAUAGGAAGAUCAUGCCACCCGAUGAGAAGGAGAAGGAGAAAGACAAACGAUCGGCAAGCCGAACGAGAGACCGGACCAUUACGACUACGGGUGUCCCAGUCACCAGUUCCGCCAUUGCUGUUGCCCAGAGGCACUUACAGGCCCCUUCCCAGCAGGACAUGCAAUCAGAACAGCAAGCAAUGCGGGAGUUGCUAGGCAACUUCAAGCAGCUCGCAGUCGGAUACUUCAAAGCAUCGAAAUUCGAGCUACCUGAGGCAAUCAGCCUCUUCCAGAGACUACCAGCAGCACAGCGGGAGACUCCAUGGGUCUUUGCGCAACUCGGCAAGGCGCAGUAUGAAGCAGGCGAAUAUCGAGCAGCCGAGGAGAGCUUUGGCCGCUUGAUGAAGAUGCAACCAUCGCGGGUUGAAGACAUGGAGACCUACUCUACCGUGCUCUGGCAUCUUAAGAAGGAAACCGCUCUCUCGUAUCUCUGUCGGGUCCUGAGGGAUGAACAUUUCGACGCGCCUCAGACAUGGGUCGCUCUCGGCAAUGCCUUCUCCCUUACACGUGAGCACGAUCAGGCUAUUUCUGCAUUCAAGCGCGCCACUCAGCUUGACGAAAAGUUUGCAUAUGCCUGGACCCUCAUGGGACACGAGUACAUGGCCAACGAGGCCUUCGAUUCUGCGCUUGCUGCUUUUAGGAAGGCAGUCGCAAUCGAUCGGAGAGGUUAUGGAGGCUGGUACGGUCUCGGCAAAUGCUUCGAGCGCAUGGGCAAGAUGGAGGACGCAGAGCGGCAUUACCGGAUCGCAGCGAAGAUCAAUCCAUCGAAUGCCACCCUCCUGGUGUGCAUUGGAGUGGUGCUCGAGCGCUUGCAGAACAAGACUGCAGCCCUCUCGAACUAUGCUAGAGCUCUGGAGCUAGCGCCUGGCAGCGCACUUGCCCGGUUCAAGAAGGCGCGAGUCUUGAUGCACAUGAGAGAAUACUCCAGUGCUUUACUGGAGUUACAGAUUCUCCAGAAUCAGGCGCCGGAUGAGGCUAACGUGCAUUUCUUACUUGGAAAGUGCCAUAAGGGACUGGGGGAGAAGAGCGAUGCGCUGAGAUCGUUCACGCAGGCGCUCAAUCUGGAUGUGAAGGUAAGCGUCAUCGUCUUUCUAAAGGUAUUGCGCGAUCUAACAACGACCAGGCUGCCCCCUUCAUCAAAGAGGCGAUGGAUACCCUCGGGGACGACGAUGAUGAAGUUAGUGACGACGAUUAG